CUCUAUAAGUACACUUUCCUCGUAUCCAAACACCCCUUCACUCCAGGAAUCUUUUUUUUUUCAUCCUUGAUUUGCUUUCAUCCAUUUCUUAAAGAAGAAAUGGUGAAGCCUCAAAAGCCCCCAUCCGGCCGUACAAAUCUUGCUUCGUGUAUUGUAGCAACGAUUUUCUUGAUCUUCGUUGUAAUAAUAGGUCUCAUCGUUUACUUCACCGUUUUUAAACCCAAGAAUCCGAAGAUCUCCUUCAACUCCGUCCAGCUUCCGUCAUUCUCAGUCGGUAACAACUCCGUCAGCUUCACUUUCUCCCAAUACGUUUCCGUUAAAAACCCUAACCGAGCCGCUUUCUCUCACUACGACAACUCUAUCCAGCUCAUUUACUCGGGUUCUCAAGUAGGAUUCAUGUUCAUACCCGCAGGGAAGAUCGAAGCGGGUCGGACCCAGCUCAUGGCCGCAACUUUCGCCGUUGAGCCUUUUCCUCUGGCUGCACCGAAUGAGGCGUUGGACGCGACGAUUCUAUAGCUCCAACGACGGGGCCCAUCGC